AUGCCGCGCGCGACGACGCGCGCGACGACGCGCGCGACGACGCGCGCGACGACGCGCGCCGCGACGACGGCGACGCGACGCUCGAGGACGACGCGCGCGGCGCGAGCGACGACGCGACGACGCGCGACGUCGAUCGAGGACGUCCCUCCCGAAGACGUCGCCAUCGUGGUCGAACUGCUGGACAGCGAGUCGGGGGAGGAGGUGACGGAGAAGGUGGACGCGAUGGCGAAGGGCGGGUUGCUCACGGCGGGCGUCGUCGAGGCGGCGCGCGUCAUCGUCGAGGCGAAUCGACAGAGUGGACAAGACCCCGACGUCGUGGCGCUGCUGGAAGACGUGUAUAAAACGUUGGAUGUGAGACUGCGCGAGAUGGCGGCGACGCAGGUGAAGGAUGCGCUGACGUUCGCGCAGGAAUUGAUGAAGUAUUUCACGGCGGAGGAUUUGGAGCGCGACGAAUCGGUGGCGGUGACGAAGGUGCAGUUGAUGAUGCGAGAGGAGUUCGAGAGGCCGGGAGGGGUGUCGAGGGAAGCGUUGGCGAAAUAUCUCGACGAGGUGUUGCCGGUGAUGGAUCAACAGGACGAGAGAAUACAGAGCGGGUUGGAGACGGCGACGACGCCCGAGCAACAGGCGCAAAUCGUUCAGCUGAUGAUGCAACGCACGAAGGAGCGCAUGCAAAUCGAAUUCAUUCGCGAUUGCGCGGCGGGAAUUUGA